AUGGCUGCUAUGGACCCAGGGUACUUCGAUAUAGAGAGGAAGCAGAACCCUCGCGAGACGGCAAAUUUGUUCUCCAAGCUAUGCUUCUGGUACACCCGUCCCGUGUUCGAGAAAGGUCGUAAGGGUCAGCUCAGCAUAUCUGACCUUUACAGAUGCACCCCAGGGCAUCGAGCGGCUCCGCGGGGCGAUGUUAUGGGCGAACAAUGGAAACACGAGAAACAGAAACAAGAUAAAACGAAGAAGCCGUCAUUGUUGAGGACGAUAGUGAAGAUAUACGGUGCAAAGUUUAUUACAGUGAAUCUGAUAUUUGCCUGUAUUGAUGCUAGCAUAAGAUUAUCUAUACCGAUGUGCCUGGAGGGCCUCAUAAAUUACUUCUCUCCCUCGCACGCGGGUGUCACCCCCAACGAAGCCUAUCUAUACGCUUUGGGGGUAGUCGGGUUCAUGGCAAUCAACGCCAGCAUGAUACAUCCGAUGCUGUUUUGGCUGCUGACGAUGAGUAUGAAGAUCAGAGUGGCCUGCUGCUCACUCAUAUACAGGAAGCUCCUUCGCCUGGACCUCACUGCCGGCGGCAAGGCGUCCGAGGGCCUCGCCGGCCACGUGGUCAACCUGCUCACGACGGACGCGCAGCGCUUCGACAUGGCCAGCCUGUUCAUGGUGGACCUGGUGAGGACGCCCAUCGAGAGCGUCCUCAUAGUCUACCUCAUGUACAGGCAGAUCGGCGUGGCGACGCUGAUCGGGGUUUCGUUCCUCCUGCUGUUCAUACCGUUGCAGGGCUACCUGGGCAAGAUCUCGAGCAAGCUGCGCCGUCAGACCGCCGUUCGCACCGACCACAGGAUACGUCUGAUGAACGAGGUGAUACAGAGCAUAGAGGCCAUCAAGAUGUACGCUUGGGAGAACGCCUUCAUCAGGAUCAUAGGGCAGGCGAGGAAGAAGGAGAUGAACGUGAUAAAGAAGAUGUCGUGGCUUCGAGCGGUGAUGAUAUCCUGCGUGAAGCUCAACACGAAGGUCGCGAUAUUCCUCAGCAUCAUAUCGUUCCUCUCCUUCCAAAACGACCUGACCGCCUCCAAGGUCUUCGUGAUCUUCUCCUACUACGACAUUUUGAAGUACACCCUCGUGGACUUCCUCCCGCUGGCUAUCACCUUCACCCUGGAGGCGUACGUCAGCGUCAAGCGCAUGCAGGAGUUCCUCCUCCUGCCCGAGGUGGACAACCAGGACAACGUGAACCUGGUAACGAUCGAGGAGAGCACGGUUUCCGCUCAUACCAACGGGGUGUUCGAGAAGAUCGGCAAUGGACAGCAAGCCUACAUCAGAUCAGAAUCGAACCUGGAGCGUCUGAAACCGUCUGUCCUGUUGAAUUUCAAGGACUACACGGCCCAUUGGAGGAACGUGGAGGACGAGUCCGUCAACGCCAAGGUGGCCGCGCUGUCGGCAAUCAAUCUUUCGAUAAAGCCGGAGACGCUUACCACCGUGGUGGGCAUCGUGGGCUCGGGCAAGUCCACGCUGCUGCAGGCGAUGCUGCGCGAGCUCGAGUCCAGCAGUGGGCAGCUGGAGGUGCGCGCCUCGAUAGCGUACGCCGCCCAGGACCCCUGGCUGUUCGACGCCUCGGUGAGACAGAACAUCCUGUUCGGCCAAGAGCUGGACCUGCGCCGUUACAAGCAGGUGAUAAAGUGCUGCCAGCUGAAGAGUGACCUGGAUAUCCUUCCUCAUGGCGACAAGACCAUUGUCGGGGAGAGGGGUGCGUCUUUGUCGGGCGGGCAGAGGGCGCGCGUGUCGCUCGCUCGUUGCGUGUACCAAAUGGCCGACCUCUACUUGCUCGAUGACCCACUCGCUGCAGUCGACGCUAAGGUGGCGCAGGCGAUCUACGAGGAGUGCAUCCGAGGGUUCCUCCGGGAUAAGGCGGUGGUGCUGGUGACGCACCACGUGCAGUACGCUAGACACGCCGACGCCGUGUGCGUCAUGAGGGCGGGCAGGAUCGUCGCCCAAGGUACGUACCAGGAGAUGAAGAACAGCGUGGCGGAGUUCGAGACGCUGAUAGAAAUGGGCGAGAAGGUCGAGGAGGAGAAACAGAAGCAGAAAGUCGCAUACGAGAAACACGAUAGCAUUGAUAACAUCCACAAGCUGCGCUCGCAACGCUCCAUGUCGGAAGCAUCGCAGCUCUCCUUCAACAUGGACCUGGACAACAAUUUGGACCCCAAGUACGAAGGCGAGAGCCAAAGCAAGGGCUCCGUGGACAACGGGGUGUACGUUGCGUACAUCAAGAGCGGUGGCAGCGUGUGGUCGAUGACCCUGCUGUUCACACUGUUCCUCCUGGCGCAGGUGUUCUACUCCUCCACCGACGUCUGGCUGAAGGAGUGGGUGAACAUGGAAGAGAUGAACAGCGCUUAUAACUCGGCAAGAAUGAACCAGACCAACGAAACGGCCGCUUCCCCACCGCCCGAUUUCCAAGACAUCCCGGGGAACUACUUCCACUUGACGCGCGAGCAGUGCGUGUACAUCUACGCCAGCCUGAUCGGCAUCUGCAUCUUCUUCACCUGGAACAAGCUGGUCCUCUUCUACAACACCUGCAUCAGAGCGUCGAUAACCCUCCACGACAACAUGUUCAGGGGCGUGACCAACGCGCCGAUGUGGUUCUUCCACCACAACCCCUCUGGACGUAUCCUGAACCGUUUCUCCAAGGACAUGGGUCAGGUGGACACCCUGCUGCCCGUCGCCCUGGUGGACUGCCUCGGGUUCUUCCUGGAAGUGGUCUCCAUCCUGGUGGUGGUGUGCCUGGUGAAUUGGUGGCUGCUGCUACCAACCGCCGUGGUGGCGUUCCUCCUGCACCUGCUGAGGAACCUCUUCCUCAACACGAGUCGCGAGCUGAAGAGGAUAGAGGCGAUAGCCCGCAGCCAGAGCCUGAACCACGCGGCCGCCACGGUCUCCGGCCUCACCACGAUCCGCUCGUGCGGCGGGCGGCAGCGCACCCUCGCCAGGGAGUUCGACAAGCUGCAAGACCUGCACAGCUGCGCGUGGACCCUGGUGCUGAACACCAACCGGGCGUUCGGCUUCUGGAUGGACAUGGUCUGCUGCCUGUACCUCGCCUUCGUCACCUUCAGCUUCUUCCUCUUCGUCGGCAAUGACACCAUGGGCGGCAACGUGGGCCUGGCGAUCACGCAAGUGCUCGGGCUGGUGGGCAUGUGCCAGUACGGCAUGCGGCAGACCGCCGAGGUCGAGAACCAAAUGACGUCGGUGGAGAGAAUCCUCGAGUACACGAAUCUGCCGCCGGAGAGCCCAGUCGACGUCGACGAGAAGGCUCUAAAGGCGGAGCAUCCCACACUCGAUUUCGAUAAAUGGCCAAGCAAAGGGGAGAUAGUGUUCGAGGACGUGUCCCUGGAGUACGAGAAGCCACCCAAGAAGGAGCAGGAGCGGCCGCAGCCCGCGCCCAGGGUAGAGGAGCCGGCGUACGCGAUCAAGGGCGUCAACUUCAGGGUCGAGGCGGCGGAGAAGGUGGCCGUGGUGGGCAGGACUGGCGCCGGCAAGAGCUCGCUCAUCGCCGCCUUGUUCAGGCUGAGCAAGGUGUCGGGCCGCAUCACGGUGGACGGUGUCAGCGCCGAGAUGGCGGGGCUCCGCGCGUGGCGCUCGCGGCUGUGCGCGCUGCCGCAGCGGCCCGCCCUCUUCGCGGCCACGCUGCGGGACAAUUUGGACCCCGAGGGCCGGUACAGCGACGCGCAGAUACACGCCGCCCUGGACCAGGUGGAGCUUCGGGAGGCGGUGUCCGCGCUCCCGGCGGGUCUGAUGACGAAGGUGGGCGACGGCGGCGGGAACCUGUCCUCGGGGCAGCGGCAGCUGGUGUGCCUCGCGAGGGCCGCGCUGGCCAACUGCGCCGUGCUGGUGCUGGACGAGGCGACCGCCAACGUGGACACCGAGACGGACAAGCACAUCCAGGUCACGAUCAGGAACAAGUUCGCCAACUCCACGGUGCUGACCAUCGCCCACCGGCUCAACACCGUCAUGGACUACGACAGGAUCAUCGUCAUGGACAAGGGUCACGUGGUGGAGUCUGGUCAUCCUUACGAGCUCCUUACACAGGCGAGCGCCCAGUCCAAGAUGGAGCUUCCCACGCGAAGGACCCUCUUGACCAAGAGUCAAGCACCUCUAGCCAUUCCUGAGAACUUCCCAUACGACGCCGCGGCGGAAAGGUCGGACGACGUUAACGAGACUUUCGUACUCUCCCGGGACAGAAUACGAACGUACUCCAACAGGUCCGAGAUGAGCGACCACGACGGUGGUAUUUUCAAGACUUUGGUGGAACAAACCGGCCCAGAGACGGCAGCCUUACUUUACAGCAUGGCAGAGGAGAGCUACAAGAAGAUGCAAGCGAACAAGAAGAACUCC